GCCACUUGACUUUACUGCCUCUGCCUCUGUAUCUACUUCGUCCCCAGUCUCCGUGCUUUCUUCUGUGUUCGUUCCCUCUUUACCGUGCUCAUCUUCUUUUGUAGCCUUUCUCUCCUGCGAUCGCGUACCCUUCACGCUUCGCUCUCUUUUGGACAUGAUGUCGCAGUCCCCGCCAUUGACUGUGCAAACCACCUCUCCUUUCCUCAUGUCCUCUUUCAGCCAUCUUGCCUCAAGUUGAAGAGUCGCCAUCUAAUACACUUUUCAAACGCCCAUCUGAAACCCUGUUGGAUCGCUUCUAGCGUCAUUAUCUGUGGGCGACAGCGUCCUAGCGCCCAUACUUUGACGUCCUUGCGCACACGAACCCUCAGCCUAAGCCUACCAGCACAAUUCAGCCAUGGCCAACUCGAUGAACCCAGUCAAUCUCUACCAUGACCCGUCCCUUGACAUCUUGCUCUCCCAGAACAGGACUUCCUCUACCAAGAAUACCAACUCAUCUCGACGGCAUAGCAAUGGCCAUCAUCGCCGCCCCACCUCCGACAACCUCACCCACGAGCAGGUCAUACCACCUCCCACCGCACCCGAUGUCCCUCAAGGCCCCCCGAUUUCAUAUCGAGGAUUCGGCGGCACGGACCCAACUGUCCACAGAUCCUUCUCCCAGCGAGUCAACGGACGUCCCUUCCCAAGAGAAGCUUUUGCAGACCAAGAUUUAGCGACUACAAGUCAACAAACCACCCCGAUCUCCUACCAGUCAGCCCACCCUUCGGAUGAGGCUCCCACUGUAGCCCGUCGCAAACCUGUUCCCAACGAGACCCUACGUUUGACCACCACCAAUCUCAAUGGGAACCCUGUUCCUUACACUCAAGGGCAAGAUCCCACUUCGUCUCGUGACCCUCGCUCCGUUUCGCUGCCCUCGGCGACUAGGUCACAAUCCCAGCAUACAGCAACUCCUUCUCGAGCGCACCAUGAACCGCCUUCUGCAGUGACCAGGUCUAGUGCUUUUCAAAACGACUCUCAGAGACGUGACUGGGCUCCCGAUCGCUCUCCUCUGCAAAAGUUGGAGGUGACACUCAAUGACAUCAGCAAGGAAGAAAAGCGAGCUCGCGUGCAAGAGGCUGAAAUGCUCUUGCGUGAGCGGAACGCCAAUCGCCAACUUCCAUCGUCUACUAUGGUGCCUUUGUUCCCCGACACAGAAGCCACGACAUCGGCUACUGGAGGACAAGCAAGCGGACAGCAAGCUCCCCAAACAGAGUCGAUGCCCCCUCCCACCCAGGACCAUGCACUCGUCAGGAGCCUUAGUACCACCCAGCGUCAGCGACUCCAGCACAGCACAACUCUCGACAAUCACCGUCCCGACGCCCGGAGAUUGUCCGGUGAAAAGCAUCCAGGCUUUGACUACACAAUCUCAAGCACAGUCGCUUCACCACCUACCACUACCCGUGGCGAGAGUCGAAAAUACCGCAGACAAGACCAUACUGAGAAUUCAACCCGCGGAUACCCUUCUGAUCACAGCCAGAGACCAUUGGACGGUUCCCUACCACCCACGAUAGGCGAUCAUCAUCAGUUUGGUGUAUCUGAUGCAGAGCCGUUGUCUAAACCUUCCACAAGCCGGCGUUUGCCUGAAAACCAGCCACGUCCCAUGUUGGAAACUCCAACAGCUGUACCAAUGUCUCGGCGCGAGUUAGGCGAUCGAGAGAUGAACGCUUCUCACAAGGCCGCAUUAGAAAAGCUCACCGCUGGAGCCGCUCCCAACGUUCGUAAUGGCUCGCGCAAGCUUCAAAAGCCGCCUCCUGCCGUAUUGGUCCCAUCUGGUAAUCGAACAGGAGCAGCAGCAUUGUCAAGUAGGAUACCCGUGCCCACUUCCGAACCACUCCAUACUGCAGCAAUUCCAACAGCACGAACAGCAUCUAAUGCAACUGCCCGAGCCAUUGAUUCUCACGUGAAUCCCAGGAGCCAAGAUCAUCCGAGCACUCCUCCCACGGGAGUUGGCCCACAGCCAUCGCCCCAUCCGAGCAGCCCCAGGUCACCACCAGAAAGAGUCAUCGAUGUCACCAGGCAACGACAGCGGAAGUCAAACGUCUCAUUCAAGGAACCUAUGAAGAGACGCCCAGUUGACGAAUGGAAAGAGGCCGGGAUUGCGAGGCUUUCAGCUGUCGAUUUCCUGACUACUGCUGAUUCACCCCGAGAAAAAGCAAAGGCUUGGUGGGAACAUCAGGGGUCCGCAGCAAGGCGUCGGAGCGUACCGAACAAGACCGCUGAUCACACGAACUUCGAUGCGUCAAUUGAUGAUAAAACCGCAGAGUUCAGCCCCAAACUUUUCGUGCGUUGCGGCCCUUUGUUACGCUACACGGGUAUAAAGACGCUCAAAAGCGAUGCCGGUGAUGGUAGUCGCGAAAUAUGGCGAGGGAGCGUUAUGAUUGUGACGCAGGACUCGCACUCGUCUUAUGACCCUCCUCCCACCUUGCGCCUCUUUUCGCAACCACAAAGACUGCUCCCGCCGCCGCCUCAAAUGGUCCACAGCGAUGAUUUAAGUCCAGAAUAUGUGGAUCCCAUUGCGGGGCUCACCAAAUUAUCCCGUACGGGACGUGCAUUGUAUGUUCGCCCAGUAGAUCAUCUGGAAGAAGGAAAAGACCUCUCCCACAUCGAGAAUGACGAUGGCCUGUUUGAAAGCUCGCCAAGUCCUCUUGAAGGAUUUGGCGCACAAAGCUCGACUACCAGAGCCAGAGCCAACAGAGUCCUGGAUAACGAUGGCGAGAGGCUUGGACGAUAUCAAGAAGUUCGAGGAGCACGGCUAUAUGCCGACCCGGACAGGGACGUCACCUUCUGGAGGUUCAAUCUGGAGAUAGAGUUGGGCGAGUCGCAAAAGCACAUUGCCUAUCGCAUCAAUGGUGGUCCUUCAGUGGGGUUCUGGGUGCCUGCGCAUGGCGAAACCAUGAAUAUCAUGUUCCAUAGCUGCAAUGGUUUCAGCCUUGCGGUUAAUCCGGACAAUUUCAGUGGCCCAGAUCCAUUGUGGAGAGACGUUCUCAACACCCAUCAGACGCGGCCAUUUCAUGUAAUGAUUGGAGGUGGAGAUCAGAUCUACAACGAUCGGGUCAUGCUUGACACACAUCACUUCGGCGCCUGGACUCGCAUGCGAAAUCCCAAUCACAAGCACAACGCUCCUUUUACCAACGAGAUGAAAGAAGAGCUUGAGUCAUUCUAUCUCCACCGAUACUCUACGUGGUUCUCUCAAGGCCUGUUUAGUAUGGCUGCCAGCCAGAUUCCCAUGAUCAAUAUUUGGGACGACCAUGACAUCAUUGAUGGGUUUGGGUCUUACCCAAACCAUUUCAUGGAGACGCCCGUCUUUUCAGGCUUGGGCAAUGUAGCUUUCAAGUACUACAUGCUUUUCCAGCAUCAGAGUGUGCCUGAGGAGACAACUGCCCAUGAGCCCAGCUGGCUGCUGGGGCACGAACCUGGACCUUUCAUCAAGCAGUUGAGCAGAAGUGUCUUCAUGCGUCUUGGAAAACAUGUGGCAUUCCUGGGGCUCGACUGUCGCACAGAGCGCAUGCACGGUGAAGUUCUGAGUGUUGACACCAUUGACGUCAUUCUCGAGAGGUGUCGUAAAGAACUAAUCGAAGGAGAGACCAAGCAUCUUUUGUUGUUGCUCGGAAUUCCCAUAGCGUAUCCCCGACUGGUGUGGUUGGAAAACGUGCUGACAAGUCGUCUUAUGGACCCAGUCAAAGCUUUGGGUCGAGCAGGCAUUAUCAAAGGCGGUUUUCUGAACAAGUUCGACGGCGGCGUUGAAAUCCUCGAUGACUUGGACGACCACUGGACCUCCACCAACCACAAGAGCGAACGGAACGAUCUCGUCAAAGAUUUACAAGAUCUUGCUGCCGAAAAAUCCUGUCGGAUAUCAAUAUUGAGCGGGGACGUUCAUCUGGGAGCGAUUGGGCAAUUCCACUCCAACCCGAAGCUGAAGAUUCCCAAGGACAGGGAUCAUCGAUAUAUGCCCAACGUCAUUUCGUCAGCCAUCGUCAAUAGUCCGCCGUCGGAUAUGUUGGCCGACAUCCUCAACAAGAGGAAUAAGACGCAUCACCUGGAUAGGUACACAGACGAAAAUAUGAUACCAAUGUUUACUCACGACGUGGACGGUAAGAAACGAAACAACAAGCAUAUGCUUCCGCGAAGAAAUUGGUGUUCGAUCCGGGAAUAUGUCCCAGGAUCUACGCCACCGCCAUCUCCUCCAGACACGCCAGACAUGUCAGACAUAUCCGGUAACGAUGAGAUUUUGGAAGGCUUGACGGACCAGAGGCCCCCAGCUCGACGCUUUUUAUUUAGCAAGGAAGAUGUGAGCCCACGCAAUUUGCUGCGCAGGCUCAGCUCACGCCGUGCACCACCUAACUCAUACCGCGAUAUGAUGUAUGAGCAAGGACGAUCUGCCUCUCAUGAUGGCACCUUGCAAGCACAACACCGUGCACGCCCAAAUAGUAGAAGUGUGUCGGACUCGCGACAAUCUUCUGUCGAGUAUGGAGCACAGACCAGGCCACGAGCGGCAUCGUUGGACCACAAUUCAAACCCGGCUCUCAUGCGUCCGGGGGUCUUUAUGCGGCGACCGACAAACCUCUCUGAGAAGGCAGCAAGAAAGGGCAAUAUACCCGCAGUGGAUGCGGAAGGAAAAGAAAUAGACGUCAACGACAGCAUCAACCUCGCAGGUGGGUUGGAUGUGGUCCUCAACAUGGAAAUCAGCCAGAAAGAUCCCUCGGGAAUCACUAUGCCAUACCGCUUACUCAUCCCUGCCCUCUGGUAUGAUGGUAGUUCGGAUCGUGAGAAACUGGAUGAAGCUAGCGGGGUCGAGCGUCGGGCUCCAAUUUUCUCCCGCUUUGGCUUUACUGGACGCCGUGGCCAAAAGGCCACACGGACAGGCGCAGACCACAAUAUGGCCCACACGGAGAGUGAGUACGAAAGCUAUAGUGAGGAGGAAGAGAUUCAGCAACGUACAGCCCAGCCACGACGAAGAUUCAGCCUCUUUGGUAGCCGAAGGCCGAAGGAGCAGCCUUCUCUGAGUGGAACGGAAUCCGACGAAGAUGAACGAGACCCUGAGGGGGGAGCGGGACAUCCCAUCGCACCCCGGUACGGACAACCACCCCAGCGAACAGCUAUUGCCCCAACUACGUCGACGAGAACUGCGCAAAUUCCGCAGAAUCCGACUGGUCCGGCCUCUCAUGAUGUGCUAUAUGAUACCGAAAGGCGACCGCCACCGGACCACAACAUCGACCCGAGAAUGCACCCGAGCACGAGGCGGUCACUUACCAUUACCUCUGAGGGCAACCGAAGGCAUCAGCCAAUGCGAGUGGACGGUUCUGCUAGGUCGACAAGCGACAGCUACACACGACUGUACCCAGAAUCCCCAGUGACUGCAAAGCGAACUGAUGCGGUACAGGCACUUGAUGCCAUACCUAGGGAGGAGAGCGGUAGCGAGGAACUGUAUGAGGACUUCCCGCCUUCCAGGUCGGCAGCACUUGCUGGAAGUGUGCCUCAGAGGCGAUUGAGCAAGCAGGAAAGAGUAUUGGGAAUAUCACAAUCCGACCCCCCGCUGCCAGCAAUGCCACAUCAACUUCGUGGAAACGGAAUAAUUGGCCGGGACCUCAAUGGGCCGGUGCCAGCCCAGAGGAUUGCCGCUAGUCAUCAGCCAACAGGAUACUCAGGCAUCGAGGCAUGGAAGGAACCGCGGCCGCGAAGAGGAUUCAGUUUGAGGAAAGCCCGAGACUGGUUGGACGGCAGGGGGCGUGGGGACAAGGAUGAAUUUGAUUGAGCUCGUCGAUGGCGAAACUGUCCAGAUAGCAUCAGGUGGACAAAAGCAGGAACACUGACCCAUUGCGGAAGGGAAGAGAUCCUUGAGCAGACUUGGACUUGGUGACUAGAUUUAGUGAAGAAAUCAGGAAUAUAACGAAGUCAGAGAUCCUACAGCAGUUGACUUGAUGACUGGAAUGAAGUCGAAAGAAAGACAUGCACGUGCGGCGAAGUCUGAC